CUGGUCCUUCUGCUCCUCUCCGCAUUCGCCGCCCCGGCCGCCGGAUUGGGAUCCGCCAAGAAGGUUUACAUGAGGGAGAAGGUCCGGAAGAUGUGAGUGGAAUCGUCAAUUCGCCUCCGUUCCUUGGGGUUUCGUUUGUUCGAUUCAAGUAUUGUGAACUGGUAUUGGGAUCUACUUGCCGUCGUUCUAAAUCGUGGAUUAAAGGUUUGCUUUGUUCGAUUUAGAUAAAAAAGACGGCAAUUUGGUCCGAUGAGAUGAAUAUUUAGAUAGGGUGCUGUAGAUGAUGGGUCCAAAUUAUAUGAGUUUAUGUAAUUAGCUCAUCCAUUCAUGACAAGUUACACAUCCUCGUGUAUUAGGCCCCGUGUCAGUAAGAUCUCAGCUCCUCUUCGUGUUUAUGUAGAUUUAGUCCUUGUUCUUGAAAGAUGGUGGCAGAAGGAAGACCUACGCCCUGUACCUCUUCACCGCACUGCGCUACAGAGUUCACUGUACUGCUUAAGCUUGCUCUUAUUUAGUCAACUGACGACAGAUAUUAGGUGCUUCUAGCAAGAAAGAUAUAGAAAUUUAGUACCACAUGAUGCUGAUGGCUGGAGGACAGUUGUUUUUUUUGGCAUCAAUUGAACUUGGUGGUGUGGCAGGGUUCUGUAGAUGUUGAUGGUAUACCUUUUUGUCCUACUUCAGCUUUUUCUGGUCUAAUAUUAAUAUUAGGGAUUGAAAUUUCCACCCAUUUCCAGUACAUGUAAGCAAUCGGAUUGGUAGGGUAUCGAUACCAUACAAGUGUAUCGAGUUGAUACCAGUUGGUAUCAACCAGAUCACUGCAAGCAGGGAGAUAUAGAGAGAGAGAGGAGGAAGCUAAGCAAGAGGAGGCAAUGACUUAACAACAUGGCCAGGAAGAGGUGGAGGAGGGUUGGUGGUGGUGGGAAGGAGGUUGUGAUACAGUGCCAAGGAGAAGCAGAGCAGUGGAAUAAGAGAAGAAAAAAGAGAAAGAAGAGUGGUGCAACCGUUCCAGAACUAGGCAACAUGCUCAUUGCUAGGUACAGCCGGGUAUAAGUCAACUUACCAUGUCAUAGUCCAGUAUGGUAAGCAACUUGACGGUUAGACUAGUCCUGAAUUGUACUGGGAUUGUCCAGUCUGAGUACUGGUCAACUGUUGGACUGUUAAAAACUGGUUGUACUGGUUGGUACGAUUGGGUUUUAAAAUCUUGAGUGAUAUUCUAGGGAAGUAGGGUAUUUCCGAAUCAUAACUUUGUUAAUAUGCAGUUGUUUAUGAAAAUUGCAUAUUUUACACUGUCAUGAUCAUAUCAAUGAUGAAGUUGUCUUUUCUUUUCCCCCAAGGUUUUACCAUGCAUAUGAAAACUACAUGGUUCAUGCAUUUCCACAUGAUGAGUUAAAGCCUCUCACUAAAACUUUCACAGAUUCACUCAGUGAACUUGGAAAUUUAAAGCUGGAACGCUUGCCCCAGAAUUACAAUGGAUCGGCAUUGACACUUGUUGAAUCAUUGUCAAGUCUCGUUGUCUUAGGUAACUACACAGAAUUUGAAAGAGGAGUUCUUUGGCUUUCUGACAACCUUACAUUUGAUGUGGAUGCUCGUGUGAACCUGUUUGAGUGCAACAUAAGAGUUCUUGGGGGGCUUGUUUCUGCUCAUAUUCUUGCAACUGAUUCUAAAAGCAGGUUAGAACAUGGCUUGUACAAGAAUCAGUUACUUGAUUUGGCGAGAGACUUAGGUCAGCGCUUCUUACCUGCAUUUGAGACUCCUACUGGAUUGCCAUAUGCGUGGAUUAAUCUGAAGUAUGGAGUAAUGGAAGAUGAGACAACAGAAACAAGCACAUCAGGGUGUGCUUCAGGUUCUCUUAUUCUUGAAAUGGGAGCAUUAUCACGAUUAACUGGUGACCCUAGAUUUCAAGCUGCUGCUCUUCGUGCUCUUCGUAAAUUAUGGAGCAUGAGAAGUCCUUUGAACCUUUUAGGUACUACUCUUGAUGUUGUCACUGGAGACUGGAUAGAGUAUUCAUCUGGAGUUGGCGCUGGAGUUGAUUCAUUUUAUGAAUAUUUAAUCAAAGCCUAUAUUCUUUUUGGAAACGAUGAGUUCUGGGACAUGUUUCAUUCAUCUUAUCUUGCCGUGCAGAAAUACUUCCGGCAUGGCCCAUGGUGCAGUACCAACAAUUUCUUGACUUUGUAUCACGAAGCUGAUAUGAGGACAGGAAAAGCAACAUAUUGGCAACUUACAAGCCUUCAAGCCUUCUGGCCUGGUCUUCAGAUUCUUGUUGGGGACAUUGCUGCUGCCAAUUCAUCACAUCGUGAGUUUUUCUAUGUAUGGGACAAGUUUGGUGUACUACCAGAAAGGUACCUUCUGGACCAUGGCAUGUUGCAUCCAACUGAGAAAUACUAUCCAUUGCGCCCUGAACUUGCAGAGUCUACAUUUUACCUUUAUCAAGCGACUAGAGAUCCUUGGUAUAUGGAAGUUGGUGAGACAAUAAUUAAUUCUCUCAAUUACUAUACUAGAGUGGAUGGUGGUUUUGCAAGUGUUAGAGAUGUUACAACCAUGGAACUAGAAGAUCAUCAGCAUAGUUUCUUUCUUUCUGAAACGUGUAAAUAUCUUUAUCUUCUCUUUGAUGAUUCAUUCUUGGCUGGUCAGAACUAUGUCUUUACUACUGAGGGUCACCCUCUGCCAAUCAGAGGUUCCUGGCAUGAGAAACUUCCAGAGGCUUACAUUCCUGCUAACUGGACUUCAGUAAAGAAUGAAAAUCAAGCAAUUCGGCUAAGUGCUUUGUCUCAACAAGUUUGUCCUGCAACAACCACAGGAGGAAGCAUCUCACUGCAAAUUGAGAGUGCUUGCCAUAUCCCCGAUUUACAUGCUGAUCACAGAUGUAGAACCGAUGAUGAGUGUGGGAUUGAUUCGACGACAUGUAGGAAACGGGUUUGCAGCAUGGCUGGCUUUUGUGGAUUGUGGUUAUUCAUACCAUAAUUCUUGAGGCAAAAUCAAUGUAGUAUAGAUAUUCUUUUAGGCAGGGGAAUAAAGAGAAGAAAAGUAUUUUUAGAGUUGUACAUUUGGUGUAGCUGUUCUCGGCCUGAGCGUAUCUUCAUCGAUGCUAGAGGGGAUCCUUGAUAUGGGGUAUCCAAUUAUAUUACCUUGAGGAUUAUAAUUCACGCAAGAAUCAUCCUUAAUGUAGAAUUUAUCCUUGUCAAUUUGUUCACAAUUAAUUUAAUCCUGUGAAAUUGUGUUUGUGCUGGAACAAA